AAAGCCUAAAAAUGGAGGAGGAAAUUGGACGAAUAAAAAAGUAAAAAAAGGGAACUCGUCGUAUAUAUAUUUUUUCUGCCUUCUUCGUUUUCGCAAACUCUCGUAAAAAACAAAGAAAGAAAAGAUUUUCCUCUGAGGUGUGCAAAUCUGGAUUCGAGUUUGGUUUCAUCUCUUUUUGUUUCUUUUUUGUUUUUGGAAUUUUUGUUUCGAUUUCUUUUCGUUUCUUGCUUUGAGUUCUCAGGAAGGAAAAAGGAGAUGUCCUUUUCCUUUUGAUUGGGCGGAAAUUAGUAAUUUUUGCUCCGGAAUGGGUAUUUUACUCUUCUGAUUUAUCUUCCAUUUUUGCUUCUUCCGAAGUUAAAAAUUUCUCUGCCAGCGGCUUCUCUGAUCAGAGUUUGGCCUUCUUCUUAGGAGUUUAGCUCAGUUUUUUUUUUUAACCUUCCUUCACAAGCAAAAACUCACUCUGCAAGUGCUUCAUGGAGCAAAAUUUCAACUCUUUUUAGGCCUUUAGUCUCAUUUUUUCCGUCCUUCUCUCCUUCCCCUCACUAAACUCGCCUACAGAAGCUCCUCUUCUUCUUGAUCUUCUUCUUAGUAGUGCAACAAUUUCCUCAUUUCCGUUUUUCUUACUGUUCUUAAGCAAGGGAAAAAGAGCAAGAGGAUACCUCGUGAUCCUAGGAAGAAAAAAAAAACACGCUUCGAAGUUUCUAGGGUUUAGGGUUUCUCUCCAAAUUUCUCAAAGGAUUUGGCGUAUCAGCUUCCAUCUCCUCUUUCUUUCUCAUUUGGGAUCAGCAGAAGCUCUUCUCUUCUUUGUUUUCCCAAUUGGAAGAGAAGAGAGCUCAGGUGCGGGGGUUUUGGAGUCAGAAGGAGGAGGUAUGAACGGAAGCGAGGGACGGCCCACGCUUGCUACCGCCUGAGCAGGGGAUGAUGGCGGGGAGGGAAACGUCGUUCAGCGCGGCCCUUCAGAAGGGCAGCGGCGGUGGCGGCCCGGUCUCAGCGCAACCGGGCGCGCCGGUGCAGAACAUGCGCCUAUCGUUCAGCUCCGACGGCACGGCAAUCUACACGCCGGUGAGCGCCUCGUCUCCGCCCUACCAGGCGGAAGGCUCUGCUGCCAUGAUGCAGCAGCAGCAGCAGAAACCGCAACAGCAGCAGCAGCAACCGCAACAGCAGCAGCAGCAACCGCAACAGCAGCAGCAGCAGGGAUUGGGAGCAAGCAUAGGGGGCGGGCCGCCGGUGAAGAGGAAGAGAGGACGACCCAGGAAGUACGGACCCGACGGGAGCAUGGCGCUCGCACUCACUCCGGUCUCAGCCUCUGCGCCGCCAGCGGCGUACGCCCCCUCCGCCACCCCGACGUCUCCCUCCGUGAAGAAGGCAAGGGGCCGCCCGCCUGGUUCGGGCAAGAAGCAGCAGUUGGCAGCUCUCGGAUCUCCUGGGGUUGGUUUUGUGCCCCACAUAAUUGCAGUUAAAGCUGGAGAGGAUGUUGCCUCAAAAAUAAUGGCAUUUUCUCAGCAAGGAUCAAGAGCGGUGUGCAUUCUUUCAGCAAUUGGAGCUAUUUCUAAUGUGACUCUUCGUCAACCAGCUACAUCUGGUGGCACUGUUACCUAUGAGGGAAGGUUUGAGAUCCUCUCUCUUUCUGGUUCCUUUUUGCUGUCCGAGAGUGGUGGGCAACGCAGCAGAACUGGUGGAUUAAGUGUAUGUCUUGCAGGCCCUGACGGUCGAGUUCUAGGUGGUGGAGUGGCUGGGCUUUUGAUAGCAGCAUCUCCUAUACAGGUGGUGGUUGGCAGCUUUCUUACAGAAGGUAGGAAACCUGAUCCAAAAGGUGCAGAUCUAUCCAGCCCCAACAAAAUAUCCCCAGGUGGUGGGGCAGCUACCGGUAGUCCACCCUCCCGAGGAACAUUAAGCGAGUCCUCUGGUGGCCCUGGCAGCCCACUUAACCAAAGCACCGGUGCCUGCAAUAACUCUCAACAGGGAAUGGUCAACAUGCCCUGGAAAUAGUUGUGAUGCCUUUAGGAAGUAGUUUUAGAUGGCUUUAUCAUAUUUCUAGAAGGUGAAUCCUCUUAUCUGGUUCUUGCUGUGUCCCCACCUGCGGUCAUAUCUCUGUAACUUAUGUACAAACCUUGUACAAGCCCAAGGUUCAUGGCUUGAUGCUUAUCUUGGUGCACGGACUAAGGUUUCUCUGUUAUGUUUUGAUAUGAAUUAGUGUUUUAAUCACAUGAAGCUAGGUCUAAAUAAAUUGUCUUUUGUAUCUCAUAGGCAGUAAGUAUAUAAGCGUGAAAUUUUCUUUUGUUUUUGCUUCAA